GGCGGCGCCGCGCUAACCGCACCCCCCCCCCCCAACCCCGAUCCGGUGGGGACGUUUCCGCCGCGGGGGACGGAGAGCGGAGCCUGCAAGCCCGCUCCCUCUCUAGCUGCCGCCCCCAUCCCCAUUUCCAGUGGGGGAGACGUACGAACUACGACCUCUCGUGCCUGGUCUGCUGUGGCUUCCUAGCUCCCUGCGGGGCUGCGCCGGGUCCCCCUCGCCGCGAUGUCGGAGGGCAGGGUCGGUAGCGGCGCGCGAUGGAAGGCCCGGGAGGCGGCCUGCAACGCCAUCGCGGGCGGUUCGGCUGGUGUGAUCUCCGCAACGGUGCUGUGCCCGCUGGACGUGAUCAAGACGCGGCUGCAGGUGUACGGCCUCCCUUCCAACCUCUCUAGCACGGCGCCACCUGGUAGGGUUAUAAUUUCAGGUUUUCAGCACAUAUUUAAAAAUGAAGGCCUGCCUGGGUUGUAUCGUGGCCUUUCACCAACAAUAGUAGCACUAUUUCCAACAUGGGCUGUUACAUUUUCAGUUUAUAAUCACUUGAAGGGUCUUCUUCAUUCUCAAGAUGAUAAUGCUGGAGAAUUGUCUGUCCAAUCAAAUAUUCUAGCUGCUUCAUGUGCUGGGAUUGCAACAGCUAUUGCAACUAAUCCAUUGUGGGUUGUGAAGACUAGGCUGCAAACACAAGGGAUGAGGCCUGGAGUGGUACCUUACGCAAGCAUUUGGUCUGCUUUACGACGGAUUACAGCAGAAGAAGGUAUCCGUGGAUUAUAUAGUGGUCUUCUUCCUUCUCUAGCUGGGGUUACUCAUGUGGCCAUCCAGCUCCCUGUCUAUGAGAAGGUGAAGCUAUACUUUGCUAAAAGAGACAACACAACAGUCGAUAAGCUCAGUCCAGGAAAACUAGCUAUUUGUUCAUCAGGAUCUAAAGUAACAGCCUCAAUAAUAACAUACCCCCAUGAGGUGGUACGAUCUAAGUUGCAAGAACAAGGUCGUGGCCGUCAUGGUGCUGUGCACUACACUGGUGUACUGGACUGUAUCAAGCAAGUGUACCAGAAGGAGGGAAUUCCUGGCUUCUACAGAGGUUGUGCUACAAAUUUGCUAAGAACGACCCCAAAUGCUGUCAUUACCUUCACGAGUUAUGAGAUGAUUAAUAGGUUCAUGCACCAGUUGCUCCCCCACUAAGCAAAAGCUUAAAACCAGAGCUUGUAAUGCUGACUGAGUAUCUUCCGACAUAGCUGCGGGUGUAAUGGUUGGUGAUCAUGGUUGCAUUGCCAUUUGCCCAUGACUGAAGAGAAGGCGGCUGUUAAGCACAGAUUUUGGUGAAAGAGAUCGGCAUACGCAGAAAUUUAUGUUUUGGUAUGAUUAAAAUCUUUCCCUUGUUUCAUGUGUUCUAAAUUGUUGAUAGGAGCCCAUUUUUGUCUCCUAGUAUGCUGACCUGCUAAUUGGCCCCGCCCCAUUUGUUUUGAAUUAAAGCUUUCUAAUACUGACCUGGCUGUUAUUGCUGACCAAUGAACAUGUAUUGUCAUAUGAGCCUAAGUUGUCCCAAGUCCCAAUACACAAGGCCGUAGCCAUCGGGAUAUGAAAUAUGUUUUUGUACAUCUGUGCUCUCCGUUUUCCUCCAGUAUGUAAUCUCACUUCUUGGGGCAACAUACUAGGAAUAAAUGAUUAAGGUGUCAUUGGUCAUGCAAACCGAAUACAUUAUUGUUUGUAUAUAGCUAUUUGAUCAUUAGAAUGAAAGAUACUGUGCUGUAUUUUAUUUCCUGUGCCAAUCACAUUGGUUGGAAGGCAAAGAUGGCUUGGGGCUGACUGCAGACAUAUCUGUCAGU